GCCGGGAGGAGUGGAAGGUGGUCCAGCGGGCUCCGUGCAUCAUGCCCAGAGCAUUCCUCAUCACACACCGCCGCUACAACACAGUGGUGGAGUACGAGCAGAGAGACAGCAGUCCUGAGAGGAGCGUCAGUUUAGCCGAGCCGAGUCCUGAGCAGGGUGGUAUAGCUGCAGUAUGCACCGAGGGGCCGGAGGGCUGUCCUCCUGAGCUGUACAACCUCACACAGCUUGCGGAGGUGAGCCUGGCCGCAGCAGCAGGCCACCUCUUCAGCCACCACGUACUCCACUCUGACACCGCGCGGAGUUAUGGGGAGGUGAGGCCUCCUGAAGGAGGGACAGAGAGCGAGGCACACGGCUGUCCGGACUGUGGGAAGCGCUACAGCACAUCAAGCAACCUAGCCAGACACCGCCAAACGCACCGGUCGCUGGGGGACAAGAAGGCCCGACGCUGUCCCCACUGCGACAAAGUGUAUGUGUCCAUGCCUGCCUUCUCGAUGCACGUGAGGACUCAUAACCAGGGCUGCAAAUGUCCCUACUGUGGAAAGUGCUUCUCCCGGCCCUGGCUCCUCCAAGGACAUAUUCGAACUCACACAGGGGAGAAGCCAUUCAAGUGCUCUAUUUGCACAAAAGCAUUCGCCGACAAGUCGAACCUGCGUGCGCAUGUGCAGACACACUCUCAUACCAAGCCACACGUGUGUGGUCGGUGCGGGAAGGCGUUCGCGCUGAAAUCCUACCUGUACAAGCAUGAAGAAUCCUCCUGCAUGAGACUUCACAGUGCCUCAACAAAACCGCUGCCUUCGCCUACACUAUCCGUGCCUCUCCCAGGGAGAGUCCUUGGCAUCGCCAUCACCGUCUGAAGAAGUGCACUCUGCUUCAUUACCAGCCACCGUUACAGAUGGAAGACAAUUGGACUUCAGUUUUAAGGGUUCUCUUUAGAUGCAAAGGAAACACAGUAGGAUAACCGAAGGCAGAACUCUUAUAAAUUGAAACACAUUUACAUGUGGCGCUACCUAGAUCAAGAGAGACUGUCAUGUUCAUUAGCGAUAUGCUGUUAACCGUUUAAAAUUAAGGAUUUGCGUUAAUUACUCCAUAUUUCGGCAAACACUCAAGCAAUAUUCAGGAGAUUAACACAUUUUGUAAUAAUUUCGUGUUCAAUUCAUACCGUCUGCACUUAUUUGUUACGAGUUAAUUUGUUCUCAUCAUCCAGAUUAAUCAAUUGCACAAGAAUUAAUAAUUAUGCCCUAUUCUGAACCUACAAUUCAAUUAUAUUCUAACUCUACCUUUAUAAAACACUUCUUACUUGUCUUAUAAGGAGAUCAUUAUGUUCUAUCAGAACUGAAACUUGUCUGCCAAUGGACGCUGCAUGAUUACUCUUCAGUAGAUACUUCCAUGUGUUGGCUGUCCCGACAGGCAUCCACACCAAAAGUGUAGGGAAGUAACACUUUUGAUUUUGUUCUUUCCUCCGGUGACUUGUGAUGUCAGUGUUUUAUAUAAUAUUAAUUCUGAUGCACUAUUACGACAUGCGCGUACAAAUAUUAAAUUGUUAAAAUAUUAGACGUACAAGGUAAGCACGUUUAUAUCAAGAGCAGAAAAUGGAAAUAAUUAAUUCCGUGUACAACUAGAAAUAUAAUUAAUAGAGAAUGAAAAAAAUACCUAACAGCGGCAUCAGUACUCGCCGGAAAUAUGCAGUGACUAACAUGAAACAAAUUAUAGACGGUUAAGAGCAUAAGGAACGUAUAAAUUGAAGAACCAUGAAAAUGAACCGAGGGAAAAUCGUUGCAGUUUUACUGAUAGAGUUGGCAUAUACCGAAGUUAAAUUCGCAGGAAAAAAUGCCUGGAAAUGAGCUAAAAAUAAUAUCAUAUGUACAUAUUUCAUGAUACAUGACAUGCAUCUUAAUAUCUGGCCUCUAUUAUGGGGCAUUGUACUAUGUCUUCUCUGUGGUUGAGAAACGCCUGUCGAAAAAUUCGUCAAUGUCCAUCGAACUUAUGGAACAUUAUUUUAGAGAAUUUCUCUAGACAAUUCAAUGGUUAUUUAGAGGAGAGUUAGAUAUAUGUCUACAGUUAGAAUACACCUAUCGCUGUGUUUAAAUGCAAAUAAUUUCCUGAUGAUGGGACCAUAAAUGUGUGUGCUUUUUCCUCUGAAUACGUGAUGAGAAAAUGGUGUAAAAUAGAAUUAAUAUUUUUAUAUGAUUGUGAUGAUAUUUCUCAAUAUUUUCCAUUGUGACUUUAUACAUAUAUAGACGCAUAAAAAGGCUUUCAGCCAUAGAACUAUACCCUGGGAGCUAUUCUCACCAAUGUGCCUUUAGUGAGUUGGAAAUGUGCCAACGAAUGACACGUAACUUCUUGUGCUAGAUGUUAGAGUGAAUGUCAAAACAAAGUCCUUCUUUAGGCAGCUAAUAUUCAUGCUUUGUUCUGUGAGUUCUUCAGGCGUGCCUAGAAGAUUAUUUAAUUCACACCAAUUUUCGUUUUAUACAUUUUGUAUAUUAGGUAUCAAGUUUUAGCAAACACGUAACAGACACGGAUUACUGAGCACAAUAAUUUGAACUGUAAGAAUGUAGCACUGGGCACCUUCGUGUCUUGAUAUUUCCAAUGAAGCUCUGCCCAAAACAACAGUGUCUUGUUGAGACUUUGAUGGUUUUCAAGGUGGUGAAAAUUUAGCAUUUGGUGUCCUGGUCGGUGACAUUCUUAGUUUUGUAGGAAGUAACACAAACAUUUCGGAGAAUUUCCGGAUAUGUAAGAAUAUAUAAGCAGCUUCAUUUUCUGGUAUUCCUGGUGAAGUUCUGCUCAAAAAAGUAGCUGUCUUGGUGAGACUUUGAUCGUUUUCACGGAGAUGAAAGUCUCUGAUAACUUUCAGUUUUGUAGGAAGUUGACAAAGGGUUCUGAGAGACCUGCCGUCUCAAUUACUUCUACACUGAACAUGGAGACAGCAGGUUUUCCGUAACUGUUUUGUACUACGAGACUGCACGGUGUCAUGACUCAGAAACUCAUAACCUGAAGCAAAUAAUGUUAUGUUUUAAAACAUGUUUCCGUUAUAAUUCUUGACUUUCCCUGGCUUUGAUUUAUUCAGGUUGAAUCUUCUGUUUUCUGGUGAUAAGGAAACUCAUUUAUGAAAUAGACGCUGAAAUGUUUGUAGAAUACAAUAACAGCAUCUCCCUUGCCCACCGAAAUACUUGGUGCAGAUGAGCAGUCGAUGAAUCUGUUGCUUUACACAGUAUCUGCUAUGUUAUUUAUAAUUUUCACGAUGCGGUGUGCUACUCUGGUGCCGCGGAGAGCCAAGUAGGGGGUAGACCUCUGAGAGAGAAAUGUUUCAGAAAGGGAAUUUAUUCCCAGCUAUAGAUUACUCAUUUUAUCUCCAAGGACUAUAAAAAAUUAAAUUUUAAAAUAAUUAUAACAAUUGUUAAAAUUGAAGUGGCAGAACUUAUUUACACAUCUUAUUCAGAAGGAGUGUACGAAAUAUUGGGACCCAGAAAUUUAGAGUUACAAAACUGUGGAACGAAAAGAGGAUACUGAACAUGUUAAAAAUUAUGCAUUUAUCUUCCGUAAAUUAAAUUCUGAGCGUAAUGUGAAAUAGAAAUGGCAGAAAAUUUACGGGAUUUAAGAAUUCACAAUUAAGGUGUCUUAUAAAAAAUGUCGCUCUAAAGAAUGUACACGUGUGUACUGCCUUCCGGUUCCCUGGACUAUGGACUUCAUAAACAUUCAAAUUCACUAGAAUAAAAGUGUUUUUAUCCCCAAGAGUAUCAGUUUCAAAAUAGACUGAUCCCACAAUUCUUGCUAUACUGAUUCUUGGUGCAGUUAAGAACACUUGUCAGGCUAUGUAGAUACGUACCGUCAAGUGGAGGGCUCAUGGGAGUGAAGAAUUGUAAACAAUAUGAAAGAAAUUGGCUGUGGCCUACUUAAAGAGUCAUCUCAUCAUUUUGCCAAGGGGAUUAAGGAAACACACUAAAACCCUCAGCCAGGAAAGCUGAUCUACUUACUAAGAUUUUAAACCAAGUACGUAACAGGAUAGCCGAUCACAGUGGCCGCGAGGUCUAAGGCAGGAACCUUCUUCGUCCGCCCGAAAACUGGAAUCGUGGGUUCGAAUCCAACCCAAGGCAUGGAUGUUCGCCUUCAUUCUGUGUUUGUGCUGUCCCG